GAGAGAGAGAGAGAGAGCGAGAUUGCCUUGUUUAUUUGUUAAUAUAAUGGAGAUAAUUGUGGUGGGGUGCAAAUGGUCAACCUUUGUAUAGAGAGAGAGAGAGAGGAGGAGGAGCAUUCAUAAUUUCUCAUACCCAGAUUCGUUUCUAUACUCAAUUAAUUCCUUUGAUUAAUAAUCAUAGCCACCCACCCACUCAACUCUCCCCUUUAAAAAGUCUUAGUCAUUCUCUUCCCUUCUUAAGACCCUUUUGCACCCUCAUAUCUUUCAAACCGCUCCCCCUUUCUUCUUCCCCUCUCUCUUUCUCUCUUUCAUUUAUUUCCUUCUUCAGCUCGCAUACAUAUUAAAAUAAACUGACCAACUUCAUUGGUAAACAAAAAAUUUCAGCUUUAUGGGUCUUGAUGAUGCGUGUAAUACAGGCCUUGUUCUAAGGUUAGGCUUCUCCUCGACCCUGGAAACUCCAUCUAAGGCCAACAAUCAAACGCCCAAGAAUUCAUCAUGUCUCAAGUUUGAACAAACAGCUACGGCAGCGACUAGUUUUGAACCAUUCCUGACGCUGGGGCUUUCGGGUGAGAGUUACCAAGUUACUGCUAGCAAAAAGAUUGAUGGUUAUCUUCAUCGCCAUGAGGAACCUGUCGCCGGUGAUUUGUAUCGUCAAGCUUCUUCUCAUAGUGCUAUUUCUUCGUUUUCUAGUGGUAGGGUCAAGAGGGAGAGAGACCUUAGCAGCGAAGAAGUAGAGGUAGAGAAGAAUUCCUCUAGAAUCAGUGAUGAAGAUGAAGACGGUGUUAAUGCAAGAAAGAAACUUAGGCUCUCCAAAGAACAAUCUGCUCUUCUCGAGGAAAGCUUCAAACAGCAUAGCACUCUCAAUCCUAAGCAAAAGCAAGCUUUAGCAAGGCAGUUAAACCUGAGGCCUAGACAAGUUGAAGUAUGGUUUCAGAACAGGAGAGCCAGAACAAAGCUUAAGCAAACAGAGGUGGACUGUGAGUUCUUGAAGAAGUGUUGUGAGACCCUGACAGAGGAGAACAGGAGACUACAAAGGGAGCUACAAGAACUCAAGGCACUGAAACUGGCUCAACCCUUUUACAUGCACAUGCCAGCAGCUACUCUCACCAUGUGCCCAUCUUGCGAAAGAAUUGGUGGCGUUGGCGAUGGCAAUUCCAAGAACCCAUUUUCAAUGGCUUCAAAGCCUCAUUUCUAUAAUCCCUUCACCAAUCCUUCUGCAGCAUGUUGAUUAAGUUUGUUAGAUCAAACUUAGUAGCAAAAGAAAGGAAAACAAAAAUAGACCCACAACCCCUCUAUUUUUUGGUUAAAGGGCUUUUAGUGAAUUAAAAUUAGUGUAAUUAAUUACUUUGUAGAAAAAAAUCAAUAGUAUAAUUACUGAUCAAUCUCCUCAUCUUUUUAAAUAUAUGUUUGUAAAUGAUAAUAAUUAGAAAGAUAUAGUAUCUAUGAAGGGAUUGCUGUUAGUAUUUAUUAUUGAUUCUUUUGUUCCUUGUCUAAUGAUAGACUUCUUGUUUUUUGAUCAUUUCCCCUUAAAUUUUUAUUGAUAGCUUUGAUC